AUGACGGACGGUGCAAGACAACGAAGCAGCACGUCGGGCUCUGCCAAGGAUGCUGCCAGCGAGAAGGAGUCGGGAGGCGGAGUGGCGCUCAAGAAGGAGAUCGGGCUUGUGAGCGCCUGCGGAAUUAUUGUUGGUAACAUCAUCGGCUCAGGUAUCUUCGUCAGUCCGAAGGGAGUGAUGGAGUACGCCAGCUCCGUGGGCUUGGCCCUGGUCGUCUGGAUCAUCACAGGCAUCAUCACUGCCAUCGGGGCGCUGUGCUACGCCGAGUUGGGCGUCACCAUCCCCAAAUCGGGGGGUGACUACUCCUACGUCAAAGACAUCUUCGGAGGGCUGGCUGGGUUCCUGCGUCUGUGGAUCGCCGUGCUAGUGAUCUACCCGACCAACCAGGCCGUGAUCGCGCUGACUUUCUCCAACUACGUCCUGCAGCCACUAUUCCCCACCUGCUUCCCGCCGGAGAAUGGCCUCCGUCUGCUGGCUGCUGUCUGCCUCUUGCUGCUGACAUGGGUGAACUGCUCCAGCGUGAGGUGGGCCACCAGGGUGCAGGACAUGUUCACCGCUGGCAAGCUGCUGGCCCUCGGCCUCAUCAUCAUCAUGGGCAUCGUGCAGAUCUGCAAGGGAGAGUACUACUGGUUGGAGCCAGCCAAUGCCUUCGAGCCCUUCCGGGAGUAUGAUGUGGGUUCGAUAGCCUUAGCCUUCCUACAAGGCUCCUUCGCCUAUGGAGGGUGGAAUUUCCUCAACUACGUCACGGAGGAGCUGGUGGACCCCUUUGUGAACCUUCCUCGUGCCAUCUUCAUCUCCAUCCCCCUCGUGACCUUCGUUUACGUAUUUGCCAACAUCGCCUACGUCACGGCUAUGAGCCCCCAGGAGCUGCUCGCCUCAAACGCCGUUGCCGUGACGUUUGGUGAGAAGCUGCUGGGAGUCAUGGCGUGGAUCAUGCCCAUCUCUGUGGCUCUCUCCACCUUCGGGGGAGUCAACGGUUCCCUCUUCACCUCUUCACGAUUGUUCUUCGCUGGAGCCAGAGAGGGCCACCUCCCCAGUCUGCUGGCCAUGAUUCACGUGAAACGCUGCACUCCCAUCCCUGCUCUGCUCUUCACUUGCCUGUCCACCCUGCUUAUGCUGUGCACCAGCGACAUGUACACUCUCAUCAACUACGUGGGCUUCAUCAACUACCUCUUCUACGGAGUCACUGUCGCCGGACAGAUUGUCCUGCGUUUUAAACAGCCCGACUUGCACCGCCCAAUCAAGAUCAGUCUGAUAUGGCCGGUCAUUUACCUCAUCUUCUGGGCCUUCCUGCUCAUCUUCUCCCUUUACUCUGAGCCCGUGGUGUGCGGCAUCGGCCUGGCCAUCAUGCUGACUGGCGUCCCCGUCUAUUUCCUGGGAGUCUACUGGGACAACAAGCCACAGUGCUUUGACGCCUUCGUUGACAAGAUGACGUACUUGGGCCAGAAGUUCUGCGUGGUGGUUUAUCCGGAUUUAGGCAGUAGCAGCGGGAGCGGAGAAGAAGGAGAGGAAAUGAAGGAGGCCAGGUCUCCUCUGUCCAAAGAGGACGGAGACAACCACAAGUCAGCGGACUGCUAAAACAUCUUUAUAACAGACAUGUGGGUGCACUCAAACACACAAUGCAAACAUACAAUGCAGUGGAUUUACUGAUCAACACUCGUGCCCCCACACUUUAUCUGUUAAUAUUUUUUAUUUGGUUUCAUCAAUCAAUCAUUUCUGUGCCAAAUGUAGUAUAUAAGAUAUUUAGGGUAAUAUGAACCCUAAACUUCUUUGUUUUGGGGUUCUUCAAAUGUGCAAUAAAGAAAGGUUAGCACCUUUAAACUCCUCAGUACACGCUUAAACAGACACAUUUACUACUCUUCAUCAUCAUCCUGCUUCUCUUCCCCCCUCCUUCCUCCUCCACACACUCCCUGCACAUCCCUUUUUCUUAUUAUUUUUUUUAAUCUAAAGACUCUUACUGUACUGUGAUGGCUACGCAAUCACUUUUUCUUUGUUUUUUUUGCCACGUUGUAAAUUUUGCUUUGUCAUCCGUUCAACACACCAAAGCUGUAUUUUGAUUGUCAAAGCAGAAAAUCAGAUUCAGAUCAAGUCAUUUCAUGUCGUAAAUGUACACCAACUACUCCGUUUUGUUUUUUUCAAAAGUGACUGUGAUUCCGAAAUGUUUUUUGUAAUUGUGAUAAUUGUUUAUAUUUUUUUGCCUUUGUUGUUAUGUUAGUUUUAAUAUGUGAAUUUAAAUUUUUGUUAAUAUUCUUUUUUUUUCUAUUCAACAUCAUAAACAUCUAGGCCUAUUUUUUUUUUUUUACUCUUGCGACCGUGGAGGUGUAAGCCUGAAAGCUGAUGUGUGAUCUGUGCUUUGUAUUGGUAAAUGUGCUGGUAAAUGGUGCACAGUUCUUUGUUAAUUGCCUUAAUUAGAUUAUAUUCUGUAUUUGGGUGCCAUUGCAGUCAGUUUUUGACUGGAGAAAUGGUUAAUCCUCAUACUUUGGGGAAGUUUUUAACAUUUAUGGAAGGAACAACAGAAACAAAAAGUAUGAAUUUUCGAUUCUUGUAUGGACACUACACAGAUAAUGAACCCGUUAAAACUGCAAGUCCUGCAUGGACAUAGUUGACUAGAAAGGAUAACUAGGCAAGACAUGAUAGUUUUCACCACCACAUUUGCAUCGAUGAUAUGCAAACCCCUACACCGACACAUGUGAAUGCCUGUGUGAAAAACAGUCGUUUUGCGGCAGAAGUAUUUUUGUAGUUUACCAUCUAGCUUUGUUUAAAUAAUUUUUUUAGUUUGUUCUUUAUUUAGCCUGUAGAAAUGAAAGAUUUACAUAAAAAAAAGUAUUUUUUGAUUCAUGCAGUUCACUAGAAGAGAUUUUAGUGCGAUGUUAGUGCAGGCACCAGCAAAAAAAAAAAAAACAUAAACUGAACAUGCACCCCUAAAUGAACCCUGUGUCUGGUAAUAAUUAUGUAUCUAUACUUAUGCUGUAUGUUAUAGUAACAACACUCCUGCACACAUAAACACACAUUGUGUACUCUUUUGUCUUUCUAUACUCUUAAUUAGUGUCUCAGGGCAUGCCCACUGCCUUCUCCUUACAUACACUGCCGAAAACCUCCAGACCACGAAAACUCAGAUCUGACUGAUUGCCUCUUUGCUAAACGUCUGUACUGGUGCUUUUAGAGAAUAAUUUCCUCAGGCGUCUCAAUCUUACAAGCUACCCGCCCCCCCCCAAAAAAAAACAGGCAUUGGCAGACAUGCAUGAAUAGCUAUAUCCAGAAAGAAGAAGAAAUCAUUAAAGUUGGGCCAGUAUUGUAUAGGUUUCUCUUGUUAAACUGUAAGCGGAUCAGGGUGUCUUGGAUGUCUUCACAAGUACAAUGAUUGUGUUUUUGUGCCUGUACGGUUAUUGUAUAUUUACAGUAUACACAGAUGUCAUGACAGUCUGUAUAUUGUCUCUUAGUAAAUAAAAACCACUGACUAAUGUUUGAAUUUGUAAUUCAGGGCCUCAUUUAUAUAUUUUUUAAAGAAAUGCUCCUGUCUUUAUUCCACUCAUUUCAAACAAUGUGAUUAAAUUUGUACAUUUUCCAACAAUGAAAUGACAUUUCCUCAAUUUAACAUACAGUAUAAACUUGAAAUUUGUGAAUUUAACAUUUCUCACUCUUACUGUACAUAAAUGAGGCCUGAAUUUUUCCACCUCAGAAAACAAAUGCUGCGACUUUAUGUGAUACAGCAAUGUAAACAGUGCAAACAGCAACUUAGAGCUUUAAACGUUUAAUUGCUGCUUAUUCACUGCUUAAAAUCUAAAGAAAGUUUAGCUAAUUCCUUUUUUUUUUCUUACUUUCUUGCUGCUCAAGGGUCCCUAACAAGCUGCAACCUCCACUUGUUGCUUUAAAUCAGACCAAAACUGGUCUUCAAAGUGGUGGAAAUAUGAAGUUUUCUAUGUCGUAACACUCAUCAUGUGUGAUUCUUCUCUUCCCGAUAGUAAUGUUCUCUCUAUAUCACUUUGUGUACACAUUGGUCUGUAAUUUAAGUUGCAGUUUGCAGUCUAGCUACAACACAGAGACAUUUUUUCGACUGACAUCUCUCAAAUGUAAGUCUAUUUUUGUGUUAAAAAAUGUAAAUGUACAUAUCGGUGGCGAGUGUGUGACAAGAAUAAAAAAAAACAUACGU